GGAAAUGCCGCUGUUGGGAUCUUCGGAGGCUGCGGCGCUGGAGGCGGAGGCGGCUGGGGAAGUCCGAGCGAUGUGACCGGGCCGCCGUCGCUCGUCUCUUCCUCUUUCCUGCCGCCUCUCGUCUCGAAAAGAACUUUUUGACUCUAAAGAAAAGAGAAAAAAAAGUAGCCGUCCGCCCCUCACGCUCUCUCUCCCUCUCAGCCCUCUGUCCUGGGAGGGAGCCCGGGGUGGCCGCUCCGCCGUCGGGGCCGCGCCGCCGAGCCCCGGCCGCCCCGGGCCGCCCCCGUCCGCCGCCCCCAUGCAUCCCUUCUACACUCGGGCCGCCACCAUGAUAGGCGAGAUCGCCGCCGCCGUGUCCUUCAUCUCCAAGUUCCUCCGCACCAAGGGGCUCACGAGCGAGCGACAGCUGCAGACCUUCAGCCAGAGCCUGCAGGAGCUGCUGGCAGAACAUUACAAACAUCACUGGUUCCCAGAAAAGCCAUGCAAGGGAUCAGGUUACCGUUGUAUUCGCAUCAACCAUAAAAUGGAUCCUCUGAUUGGACAGGCAGCACAGCGGAUUGGACUGAGCAGUCAGGAGCUGUUCAGGCUUCUCCCAAGUGAACUCACACUCUGGGUUGACCCCUACGAAGUGUCCUACAGAAUCGGAGAGGAUGGCUCCAUCUGUGUGCUGUAUGAAGCCUCACCAGCAGGAGGUAGCACUCAAAACAGCACCAACGUGCAAAUGGUAGACAGCAGAAUCAGCUGUAAGGAGGAACUUCUCUUGGGCAGAACAAGCCCUUCCAAGAACUACAAUAUGAUGACUGUAUCAGGUUAAGAUAUAGUCUAUGGAUGGAUCAUCUUAUAAUGGAUGGAUAAAUUUGAUUUUUGCUUUGGGUGGGCUCCUCUUGGGGAUGGAUUAUGGAAUUUAAACCAUGUCACAGCUGUGAAGAUCUGGCACAAGAUAGAGUGGUAAAAAAAAUUUUUUAAGUGACAGUGCCAUAGUUUGGACAGUACCUUUCAAUGAUUUAAUAGCCUGUGAGUCCAAGUUAAUUAUCACUUUAAUUGCUAGGGAGUGAAGUCCCAGGAUGGUUUCAGUUUCUCCCAGAUGUUAGACCUAAAUUUUUACGUGAGUCCCUUUAACACAAAUCUGUAUUUCAAAGAACCUUUCUCUGCAGUAGAUCUCGCAGAGGAAAUUUGCACUAUUACACUUGAAAAUUGUUAACCUUUUGGCAGCUCAAUAGGAAAGCUCAACAUUUUAAACAUGGUAGUACUGGAAGUUUUAUGACGAGACUUUUACCUAGCACUUAAAUAUGUAUAAAUGUACAUAAGACAAACUAGUAAGCAUGACCUGGGGAAAUGGUCAGACCUUGUAUUGUGUUUUUGGCCUUGAAAGUAGCAAGUGACCAGAAUCUGCCAUGGCAACAGGCUUUAAAAAAGACCUUUAAAAAGACACUGUCUCAACUGUGGUGUUAGCACCAGCCAGCUCUCUGUACAUUUGCUAGCUUGUAGUUUUCUAAGACUGAGUAAACUUCUUAUUUUUAGAAAGUGGAGGUCUGGUUUGUAACUUUCCUUGUACUUAAUUGGGUAAAAGUCUUUUCCACAAACCACCAUCUAUUUUGUGAACUUUGUUAGUCAUCUUUUAUUUGGUAAAUUAUGAACUGGUGUAAAUUUGUACAGUUCAUGUAUAUUGAUUGUGGCAAAGUUGUACAGAUUUCUAUAUUUUGGAUGAGAAAUUUUUCUUCUCUCUAUAAUAAAUUGUUUCUUAUCUUGGCAUUUUAA